AGCCACCAUCCCGGAACCCCAUCACGAGUAAUCCCCAACCCCAAACCCCAAAUCCACCCACCCCACUCCCUCAUCCACUCCGGGCGGCCAUGGCCUGCUCCUUCGCCGCCGCCACCGCCGUCUCCUCCGCGCCCACCCACGCCGCCAGGGCCCUCGCCGCCGCGCCGCAGUCCGUCUCCGUCGCCCGCUCCGCGGUCGCGGCCGCAGCCAGGCCCCUCCGCCUCGCCGCCUCCAGAUCCGCGCGGGCCACCAGGCUCGUCGCCCGCGCCGGCGGCGUCGAUGACUUGCCAUUGGUCGGGAACAAGGCGCCAGACUUCGAGGCCGAGGCCGUCUUCGACCAGGAGUUCAUCAACGUCAAGCUAUCUGAUUACAUUGGGAAGAAGUACGUGAUUCUGUUCUUCUACCCCUUGGACUUCACCUUCGUGUGCCCGACCGAGAUUACCGCCUUCAGCGACAGAUAUGAGGAAUUUGAGAAGUUGAACACGGAGAUCCUUGGUGUCUCCAUUGACAGUGUGUUCUCCCACCUUGCAUGGGUGCAGACAGACAGGAAGUCUGGUGGGCUUGGCGAUCUUAAAUACCCACUUGUUUCCGAUGUUACCAAAUCAAUUUCAAAGUCCUUCGGUGUUCUGAUCCCUGACCAGGGCAUUGCUCUGAGAGGACUGUUCAUCAUUGACAAGGAGGGAGUGAUUCAGCACUCUACCAUUAACAACCUUGCCAUUGGUCGCAGUGUGGAUGAGACCAUGAGGACCCUUCAGGCGUUGCAGUACGUCCAGGAGAACCCAGACGAGGUCUGCCCGGCCGGAUGGAAGCCUGGGGACAAGUCGAUGAAGCCGGACCCCAAGGGAAGCAAAGAGUACUUCGCGGCCAUCUAGAUGCCCCGCCAUGCAGGAGCUUUGGUGCUCUGUAUCAUGGUGUGCCCUCUUUCGGUGCACCAGCGGUGGAUCGAUGUGGAGUUUUUGCACUGCUGUGCUGAGCUCGUGUUUUGACAUGCCAGCUGCCUCUUGUGAUGAGCCGAGUGUAGUAGGUCUUGUGCAUCCCGAUUGAAUGCUGUUCUAUGCCACUUUUGUUUCCUUCUUUACAUGACGAAUAAGGCUUCAUUUUGGUCGUGUUUUGCGAGCUCA